CAAUUUCCAACCCUCUUCUCUAUCAUGGCCAUUCAUCUGCCAUGGUUUCUCCUCUUUUUUCUUCUUUCUCACGUCCGCACAUCACCUGCAACUUCCCUCAACAGCACCUUUUCCUUCAAUGGCUUCCAACCGUCAGACCUGAGCUUAUUAUCUGGCUUUGCAACUGUUAUCAGCACGGGGGCUCUUCAACUGACCAACGGUCAACGUACCAUGAAUCUUCCAGGCAUCACAGGACAAGCGUUCUACCCGGCCAUUCUCCAAUUCAAAAAGGGUCCUUCGGCUACGACUACUCGAUCUUUCAGCACACAUUUUGUCUUCGAAAUCGUAUCCAAGGACCAGAAACCAGGUGGUCAUGGCUUCGCCUUCGUCUUGGCACCCUCCACCAACUUCUGCUCUGCCUCUGGAGGCCCCUUCCUCGGCUUCGUCAACCAGUCGAACAACGUAAACCCAAACAGUCAUAUAUUUGCAGUUGAAUUCGACACAGUUCAACAAGUAGAUUUGGAAGACAGAGAUGGAAACCAUGUGGGCAUCGACGUCAAUGGUGUGAUCUCCAAUACCUCCGAAUCUGCUGCUUAUUAUACAGAGCUUAACAAGAAAGAAACGGUGCUUCUGGACAGCCAGACGCCCAUCCAAGCAUGGAUUGAAUAUGACGGGAAGGGGAAGCAGCUGAAUGUCACCAUAGCCCCAUUGUCGCACCCACUCGCUCAUAUCAUAUUCCAAGCACUAUAUCUUGGCUUGGAGCUUCACGAUGGAAGGAAAAGCACAAGAGUUGGACCUCUCACGCCUUCCUUCUGUUCCCGGGAUCGUACUCCUCUAGGGAAGUCUUUAAAGCUGUACCUAUACCUUUCUGUAGCAUUAGUGAUUAUAUUGUUUCUCAUUAUUACAAUUAGCAUCUGUUAUUGGACCCAUAAGAAGAGGAAGCUCACAUCUGAGAAGGUAGAGGAAUGGGAGAUGGACUACCCACAUAGGUUCCCGUACAGGGAACUCUACAGGGCAACCAAGGGUUUCAAGGAGGAGUUGGGGAAAGGAGGUUUCGGCAGCGUCUACAAAGGUGUGCUGCCUAGGAGCGGAAUGGAAGUUGCAGUGAAAAAAGUAUCACAUAGUUCGAAGCAGGGGAUAAGAGAGUUUGUGGCAGAAGUAUCAAGCUUGGGGAGGAUGAGACACAGAAACCUGGUCCAGUUGCAGGGUUGGUGUAGACGAGGCGAGGAGCUGCUCCUUGCCUAUGAAUUCAUGCCAAAGGGGAGUCUGGACAGUCAUAUUUUUGGGAUAAGAAGGAAAAGCCUGAGUUGGGAACAGAGGUUCAAGAUUGUCAAGGGAAUUGCUUCUGGUCUGCUGUAUCUGCAUGAGGAGUGGGAGCAAGUGGUUGUGCACAGAGACGUUAAAGCGAGUAAUGUAUUGUUGGAUGGUGAUCUAAAUGGCAGGUUGGGUGAUUUUGGGCUUUCUAGACUCUAUGAGCAUGGGACCAAGCCCAAAACAACCAAAAUCGUUGGGAGUUUUGGGUACAUGGCGCCGGAGCUUUCCCGCACCUGCAAGUUCACGACGAGCUCCGAUGUGUACUCUUAUGGUGCCUUGCUCCUAGAGAUGGCCUGUGGAAGGAGGCCUAUUGAGCCAGAGAGACCCUGUGACGAGAUGGUUCUGGUGGAGUUAGUCCACUCUCUGUGGAAGGGUGGACGAAUACUGGACGCCAUGGACAACAAGCUUGGGAAUAGCUAUGUGGUGGAGGAAGCAGAGCUUGUGCUGAAGCUUGGCGUGCUCUGUUCACAGGCUGCACCUGAAUCAAGGCCAAACAUGCGGCAACUGACUCAGUUUCUCAAUGGUGGUGCCUCCCUACAAGAUCUGGAAUGCCAUAAUAUUGUUAUUCAAGACGAUCCAGGCAUGGACCAACUAAUUCUGCAGUACUCUUCCUCUGCCAUUCUAUCAUCAACUUCAGGAAACUCAGGAUCAUAACUUAUGAACACAACUCCAGCAUGUCAUUGCAGAGGCAUCAAUCAAAAAGUCAUAGAUCAGUAUAUCCUUUCUCAAGUUGUCAAACUAGCAGAAUGCCACCCUUUGCUCGAGGUUCUGGUUGGCUACAAGAUCUCUCACAUCUGUUAUUUUUGGAGCUGA